CCCAGGGGAGGGUGGCAUGACCUUGGUUUAUCCCCAGCCGCGAAGACGCGGCGUGACCUUGGCCAAGUCCCCACUUCCUCAUCCGCUAACUGGCGAGGCUACACCGGAGGGUCGCCGCCCCGGCCGCUAGGCGUCUUGCGCCGGUACCCCUAUCUCCCUGGGCUUCCUCCGCGCGUCCCACCAGUUCUACGCCUACGCUGCCGGCGUAGUGGCCGCCUGGAGACUUGCGGCCCUCUCUUUUCAGACGCUGGUUUCCGCCGCCCAGACUGGGUGGGCGCGAUUCCCGAACGCGGCCUGCGCUGCGAGCGCGCGGCCGUCCCGCAGGCCGCUGCGGCCUUACGCCGCUGACGCAGCGCGCCCAAGAUGGCGGCGCGGUCGUCGUCGGGGGUGGCGGCGGCAGAGGGGGCGGCGGCCCUGGCGGCAGCGGAGACUGCAGCCGUGACGGUGGCAGCGGCGGCGCGGGAUCUGGGCCGGGGGGAAUGAGGCGGCCGCGGAGGGCCAGCGGCCGAGCCGUGUAGCGGAGAAGCUCCCCUUCCCUGCUUUCCUGGGCUGAGCCGGGGGCGCGCGCGUGCGCGGCCGUCCUGAGCGGGCUCCCCACCCCUCGGCUCCCGCGACCCGCACCGCACCCCCACCUGGGCCCGGAGGAUGAUGAAGCUCAAGUCGAACCAGACCCGCACCUACGACGGCGAUGGCUACAAGAAGCGGGCCGCAUGCCUGUGUUUCCGCAGCGAGAGCGAGGAGGAGGUGCUACUCGUGAGCAGUAGUCGCCAUCCAGACAGAUGGAUUGUCCCUGGAGGAGGCAUGGAACCCGAGGAGGAGCCAAGUGUGGCAGCAGUUCGUGAAGUCUGUGAGGAGGCUGGAGUAAAAGGGACAUUGGGAAGAUUAGUUGGAAUUUUUGAGAACCAGGAGAGAAAGCACAGGACGUAUGUCUAUGUGCUCAUUGUCACUGAAGUGCUGGAAGACUGGGAAGAUUCAGUUAACAUUGGAAGGAAGAGGGAAUGGUUUAAAAUAGAAGACGCCAUAAAAGUGCUGCAGUAUCACAAACCCGUGCAGGCGUCAUAUUUUGAAACAUUGAGGCAAGGCUACUCAGCCAACAAUGGCACCCCAGUCGUGGCCACCACGUACUCAGUUUCUGCUCAGAGCUCGAUGUCAGGCAUCAGAUGACUGAAGACUUCCUGUAAGAGAAAUGGAAAUUGGAAACUAGACUGAAGUGCAGAUCUUCCCUCUCACCCUGGCUCUUUCCACUUCUCCUCACAGGCCUCUUCUUUCAAAUAGGCAUGAUGGGCAGCAGAGAAAGGGUAUAUUGAUAAUGUUGCUGUUUGGUGUUAAGUGAUGGGGCUUUUUCUUCUCUUUUUAUUGAGGGGUGGGGGUUGGGUGUGUAAUUUGUAAGUACUUUUGUGCAUGAUCUGUCCCUCCCUCCUCCCAUCCCUGCAGUCCUCUGAAGAGAGGCCAACAGCCUUCCCCUGCCUUGGAUUCUGAAGUGUUCCUGUUUGUCUUAUCCUAGCCCUGGCCAGACAUUUUUCUUUGAUUUUUAAUUUUUUUUUUAUUAAAAGAUACCAGUAUGAGAUGAUAACCUUUCAAGAAUUUUUCCUAUAAUGUGCUAUACAGUUUAGUAGGGCGGUCACUUUCAUUGCAGGAUACAUUUAUCUACACAUUAUAUAUUGGACAUAUAAUAUGUAAAUAAAUGACUUCUAGAAAGAGAAAUUUAAUUGUUUAAUUUUUUAAGGUUUUUUUCUCUUUUAAUUUGGACAUUUCUGGAAUUGAGAGCCUUACAGUUAAUACAGCUUUUUGUUUUUGAGGCUAGUAGCUGGGGAGGUUUCCCUGUCCUCUUUCUGUUUCCUAGCCAUUGACUGUAGUUACAUAGGUAUGGGAAGAGUUUAGCUACCUUCAUAGUGCUCCCGGGAUUCAUGGCAUUUCCUUCUUUACGCUGUAUUUCCAUGCCAAGAAGGAAACCAGAAGAAACCGGUUUUUGUGUGUGUUUUUUUUUUUAAACCAAGCUAUGAGCAAAUGGCCUCAGCCCAGAUCUGGAAAAACAAUGAUAGAAAUUGAAUUCUGCCCCACAUGUUGACAGUAGGGUGAACUGGAUUCUUGGGAUUACUUAUCUAAAAAACUGGAGCAUAGGCACUGUUUCUGUCCUGCUGGUUUGGAAUCUUUCCUGUAAUGCUACUUAUUGCCCACAAUGGCCUCUCUUCCUGUCCAUAUAUGCCUUACACUGUGCUGACCUGGAUAUCAUCCUUGUGCUCUGAAGCAUCCAACUAUACUUUGCAGGUGCAUCGAUGCAGUCCUGUCCCCACACUGGGUAACCGUGUUCCUGAAAAGUAUGUGGGAGAAAUUCAGGUGCUUGCGUGUCUUUGUAAUGGUGCGGCACUUAUGAUUGCAUCAUGGAGCAUGCUCAGAGCUAUUAAAUUGGUCUCCCAUCUCCCACCAGGAUGUGAAAGGUCCACAUGGGAAGCCACGUAAUCAUUUAUUAGAGUGGCUACAUAAUACACUGGCUCACUGCAGACUCUCUUGUUGGUUUUUUAUACAGGCUUCAUGCUGGCUUCAUUUGCCAGUUGUGUUGUUUGGUUGGAAAGUAAGAGGGUCUUGAGAUUGAGGCAUAGAAAGGGGUACACUCAUUGAUCCCUGGCUUAGGACACGAGAUUGUCUCCGUACUCCAGUGGCAUCUCCUUAGCCAAGAUGUGAAAUUAAAAUCGUAGUUCUCCUUAUUUAAAAAUUCCAAUAAAGCACUUAAACUUAGAAAAGCUUUUACUUUUCCAUCCCACUAAAAGAAAUGGAUCUUGUAGCCCUGUGUCACUUUGCGUUCAGCACUUUUGGGAACAUCAUUUGGUGAACGUUAAAUUUUGCUCUCUACUCUUAGUUUAUAUCCUCUCUCCCAGUCUUGAAACACAGGGCCAAAGAGCAGUUGUAAUCUUGGGAUACCAUGAUACCUCUAGGAAAGGAAUUACAUCCCCAGGGAAAGGUCCCAUUGGAUAAGAACAGCACCGUGGGGCUUGAGUCUGAAUGCCAACUUGCUAUUCACACAUUCUUCUUAAAAGUGAACACACUGUUUCUUAUCCUCACUUAAAGCAUUCUGAAGUUCUGUUCAAAUAAAUAAAGGGGAAAAUAAAGUAGAUUUAACCACAUGCUAAGUGAAAUUCAAGAAACACAUUCUUCCAGAUAAAUUCUACCUUUAUGGUAUGGAUUUGAAAGUACUUUGCAGGAAAAUAGUCAGUACUCUUUAAAAAGGAACUAGAGGGCCAGGUGCAGUGGCUCAAGCCUGUAACCCUAGCACUUUGAGAGGCCAGGGCAGGUGAAUCACUUGAGGCCAGGAGUUGGAGACCAGCCUGGCCAACAUGGUGAAACCCCGUCUCUCGUAGAAAUACAAAAAUUAGCCAGAUGUGAUGGUGUACACCUGUAAUCCCAGCUACUUGGGAGGCUGAGCCAUGGGAAUCGUUUGAACCUGGGAGGUGAAGGUUGCAGUGAGCCAAGAUCAUGCCACUGCACUCCAGCCUGGGCAACAGAGCGAGACUCUAUCUCAAUAGAAAAAUAAGAAAAUAAAACAGAACUGCAGUACUAACAGUAAUUUUUACAUUUUUUUAAUGACCUGAGUGUGUUUUGACUGGGCUAGUGUAACAAUAUACUACCCCAAAAGUGCAGUUUUGAUUAUUGUUGGUGUCUUUAGGUCAGGAAAGUGAACUGUGCCAGCAAGUAUUGUUUAGUGACAUGAAUGGAUUCCUAUUAAUGCAAUUAACUGGAGAGAUUGUGCUGAUGCUUUCUUAACUGACAAAAGGAGGCUUUGUCCAACAUCAGAAUUGUUGAAACUGGUGCUAUUUUCUGUUGCACUGGGAUUCUGGUGAUCUGGGAUUGGUGUUUUUGCUCCCUGGCACGUGAACAGCGUGGCUGUCUUUACCAAUGUCAUCAUAGUCCUUUAAUGAUAGAUUAGUUAGACCCAUGGUUGCAAUACCUUUAUCUCCCCAAAGAACAGAAGCAAAAGAAAGCACAAAAACUACCCUAUUUGCAGAAUAUUUCAUUGACAUUGAUUUGUCAUUAAUUCUGCCAGUGCUGAUCUCAUUCAGGCUUGGUAGAAACAGGUUCCUGUGUUUCGGGCAGAUCCCUAGCCUCUCGCUCACAGGGAAUUUGCAUGUCCCAGAUUCUGGUUAUUACUAGAGCAUCCAUUAAAGUCUACCAAACUCAGGACAGAGAAAGAUAGCAGUGGACUUAAAAAAUUUUCUAGUUUAUAAAUUACAGCCACUGGGGAAACACUAAUAAGGUCAUGUGAUCUUAUGGACCAGGAUUUUCUCUGUCUCUCCCCUUGGGUGUGUGUGGGUGCGUGUGUGUGAGACAAGGGCUGCCAGGAGGUAUCAACCAUGUUAGAUUUUCUGUAGCCUUCCAGAAACAGUGCAGCCCAUGAAACAGGAAUCUUGAUUUUGCUCAUAACAAACAUAACAGGAUGGAACAGUUAGUGAAUUGACUGUUUUGUUUUCACAAGUGUCCACCACUCCAUCUGCCCUGCAUGGAGAGGGCUCUCACUGCUAGGUCUAGGCUGAGCCAUCUGGAAGGAUCAAAGGGUGUGGGAGUCUCACCCCCUCUCAGUCUGCAGAAGGUCUGGAGGGUGGCAGCACAGCAGGAUUUCUGCCUUCCGCAUUGCGCUGCACAGCCCCAUGGAACAGUGAGGCCCUUGAGGCCUUGUUUCUUGCAGCCUCUGGGGAGCAGAGUAGGUCACUGCCCUCUGGGGGUAUUUUGCAGUAGUUUUGUAAAUGUGUUGCUACAUAGUCAAGUUCCUUUGUGGCAAAGAAAUAUUUUGUUUUGUUCUUAGGAGUCAGCCCAUGUAAUGCCUCUUGGCUUUGUUGCUUAGAAGAAAAAAGUCACCCUUUGUGGUUUUUUAAAAGAAGAAGAAAAUUCUGUGCCGAUUUGUUCAUCAUCCUCCUUCCCCUUCCCUUUUCUUCACAUACAGUGCUCAUUGGAGGUUCCUGCCAAAAUUUCUUAACCAGAGAAGUAAUAGGUAUUUGUUAGACCUGGGUGUAUGUUUCGCAUUAUCCUUCACAUAUUUCACAUUUUCAUCUAGUACUUUAUUAUUGCCUUUGUUGAAGUCCCCAUCCUCAUCUUAAAAAACAACAGCUUAGCCUAAGCCACAUUUACUUUUUUUUAGUUCACAAAAAGGAUUUAAUAGCCACAAUGUGAUUUUUGCCACAACUGUGUGAUUUUAAUAUUCUUUGUUAUCGAGCAUGGAUUUAGAUUUGCAGGAAAUACCUGGAAAAAUCACAGUGGGAUGAAUUUUUGCUUUAAGAGAAAUAAGAGUUGGCUGUGAUUGAUAACACAGCUUCAUCCUAGUCCCAUCUGCAUUUCAGAAAAUAGCCCACAUCUUUAUAAAACACAGGAGACUUGUGGGACAGUUAAGCAGGUAUGGGGAGGGAAGGUAUUAUUUAAUGGUGAUUAAAUAACGCAGAUGGCCCUUCUGGUUCUUAGGUUUUUUUUGUUGUUGUUGUUUUUUCUGUUACUAUUUAUUGGCAUCAAAACGAAACAAGCUGAGAGUAAAAGUUGCUAUUUAACACGAAUAGACAUUGGUGCAGUUUCCUUCCUUGAGAUGGUAUGCACUCAUAUCAUGAGACCUAAGAUCAAACACACACUGAAUUGUCAAGAAUCAAACAAGGACUACAUUUUACCUCUUAAUAGAAAAAAUGCUGAAGACAAAACGAGAUGUUUAAAAAUAUUCUUUAUGCUAAGCUCAUGUAAGCAAACAAAAAACUAAAACUAAUCCUAAAACUUGAGGACAUUGGGUACAGAAUUAACAUUAACUAUUUAAAUUUUUUGCAUCAACGAAAGUAUGAUCUAUCCUUCCCUGUACUUUUACUACAAGGACAUAUGCUUAUUGUUUCUACACUACACAAAGUCAACAGUUAUCAUCAACAAUGAAAUAGAACUAGAUUGGAACAAGGCUUCAAAGCGACUCUGCUCCACCCAAAUUAAGAAAAUUCAAUUCAGGAUGAACAACAGCUUUUGGUUUAGAACCAGCUCUUACUUUUCUCUCGUGUCACACGUGAUGAAGUCCUCACUUGAUAUUCCCCCCUGCAAAUUGCAAUGCAUGUCCUCACCAUCACCUUUUUCUGACACUUUAAAAGUAAUUUGUAGAAAUUGCAAAAGCAAUGAAAUCGUACUUCCAAUUCUGAACCUCUGAUCAUAUUCCUGCUUUGACACAAGAGUAACUCCUCUGCAGUGUACCCCACCAGCACAGCGACCCCCUUUCUCUCUAUUCCUUUGCCCUGAAGGCACUUCUGGAUUGCUUAACGUGUGCUCUUUGGCUGCCUAGACAGUCAGGACACCUAAGGCCAUCUGUACUUAUCACUCCUCUCCUCCGUCUUUUCUAUGACUAAUACCACUUUCCUGCUUCCGUUCUACUGCUGAGUCACCAGACUUGGUGCUGUCAUCAGGGGGACAGAGUCGAUUUCGGCUUCGAGCUCCUGGUUGGUAAAGCUGCAUUGCUGGACAAUCCUUGUUUCUUAUUCAAUUUCUUGACCACUUCUUUCUUUUCAGUUUUUUCUGAGCUUCCUAUUGAUUCUGUACUUUCGGCCUUCUUUCCUUUAUCCCAAAGUGUUUCUUUCUCCUUUUUCAUUUCUUCUUUUCUCUUAAAAGUCUUCUCUUUCUCAUAGGAUUCCUUCUGCCUAUGGCGCUCUUCUCGCCGCUUCAGCCUCUUCUUCUCGAAGUAUGCGCUCCUGAUCUCGUUCAUAAUCCCGUUCCCUCUCCCUGUAGUCUCCGCUGCUCUCAUCUUCAGGUCUCUUUGGUUUUUCAUCUUUAAAUUCUCUAUCAGAACGCUUGGGCAAUGUACAACUUUGCCCACUGGCUCUUUCAUCACUGAGAUUCUCUUUGUCCAAUGUCUUGGCUUUCUUUUUCAUCUCCUUUUUCUGGCUUCUUGAGCAGCUUAAUCUUUGGUUCAUCCUUUAAUUUGUCCCUUUCUGGAAUAUUCUGUCUUAUCUUCUUUAGCUUUCGUUUCUCCUCUUCUUUCCAUUUCCUCCUCUCUUCUUCUCUUUGCCUUUUUCUUUCUAUUUCUCUCCUUCUUUCUUUUCUCAUUCUCUGCUAGUUUUUCAGGAAGCCCAAAAGUGGGGUUGUCUUUUUAGCUAUUAAUUCUCUAUUUUUUGCUUCUAUUUCCUCUAGCAGUGUCUCUGGAGUAGAUGUCAUUUUCUCAUUAUCCAUGGCAUAACUUUCCAAAAACUUUCUAUAUUCUGGAUCAUCAUCAAUAGUCCUGACUCUGGUAUCUCUUCUCUUAGUCUUCUUUUUUGCAGCUUUUUGAAAAGGUGCAAAUUCUACCAUAGCAGGAUAUUCCUGACCAUUAUUGUCAAGGAAUACAUAACCAUCAAAGCGAUCCCUGAGUAAAAUAACGUCCUCUUGGUUUUUAAAGUUGAUGUAUGCUCUGGCAUACAUAUGAGGAUACAGACUCAUAUCAUUAGAAAAAAACUCAAAAUAAUCAUGUUCAGGCAUAGGUUAAAGAUGUUCCUGAAGCUGCUCCUUGGUCAAAGUGGGAGGUAAUCUUCGAAUUACCACCUUGCUCAGCGCCUCUUUCUUCUCCUUGUUGCAAUCCUGUUUAUCUUCCCCCUUGGAACUGUCCCCUGAAGUCCCACCACUGCUGCCUGUGGCUCCAGGGGGCGUUAACAGGGUUACUCGCUUCUCCUUGGGCCUGUGCUCCUCUUCCUUCAUGGCUACGUCCGUCACAGAGGCGGCUCGGCUGCAGCGCGUUACACCGGGCACCAACAGCUCUGGUUCUUAGUUUUAAAGACUGCGAAAGAGGUCAGACUCGAGGCACUGCAGUUCAUACUACGCAGGUGAGGUGGCAGUCAUUUAUUCUGAGCCUGCUGGAUAGAGCCUGUCUCCUCAAGGCUGCAAAGGCUUCCAGGAUAUGUAGCUGUCCAGUUAGUGGCUCAGCCUUGCCUCCAUCCGGGCACCCAUCUAACCUGGAGCAGGUGAGAGCACCGCAGAGCCAUUCUCCGUGCUCUGUGGUGAGUUUUGCAGUGGAGACUUACUUCACCAUCCAGGGAAGCUGUGUUUCUGUGUCACUUGAGAUACCACCUAAAAAUGAAACGUUUGAGAUUUUAAGGUUAAAAAAAAAAAAGUAGUGCUCGCUUCGGCAGCACAUAUACUAAAAUUGGAACGAUACAGAGAAGAUGAGCAUGGCCCCUGCGCAAGGAUGACACACACAUUCGUGAAGCGUUCCAUAAAAAAAAAAAAAAAGUAAAUCGGGAGCAUUGGCUGCAGUCCCUAAAAGAUACUGUUGUCUGUGCAUCAGCUGGCUCGAGGUCACCACAGGUCCUAGGAGCCCAGAAAGGCUAGGCAUGCUGUCCUUUGGAGGCCAGCAGCCUUUCACACACCCUGCCUCCAAAACCGCGGUUUUACAUUUGACCAUGUUUUUGCAGUUAGCCUCAGAAGCUCUUGUCUUUAACUGAUAACCUUUCAGGGAUAUGAGAAGCCUACUUGGAGCAUCUGAGAAAAUGAUACCUCUCACCUUUAGAUUAAUCAGUUUGUCUUCCUAGUUCCCUUAAAAAUUAAUAAAUAGGAAGGGAAUCCUAUUUUGUGAUUUGGGCAUACUACUUGAACUGGGGCAGGUGGUUACAUGAUUUUGGCUAUCUCUGACAUGAAGAUUUUAAAGUGAGAGUCAUGUCUCUUCCCUGAAGCUUUGUUUACAGUGAUAAUUUGCUGAGUUUGAGCUUGUCUUUGAAAAUAAGACUGUCCACCUGGGGAGGGGAGCUUAUAAGGAAGCCGUGUUAACUCGGAAUGCUGAAGAAAGGGCUUUUGGCCAAAAAAGCAAGAUUAAUAUCUAGAAGGUAGAAAGCAGUCAUUGCCUCUGUUCCUCCAGCAGUUGAUGGUUUAAUAACUAGGUUUCCUUUGGUUUAUAUCCCCAGUUCUUAAUAUAAAACUUAUUUGACUUCCUAUCAGGAAGCACAAAAAAAAAAGCACCAUUUAAAACCCUGGAUAUAGGCAUUUAAGGAUACAACAGCAGCAGCAUUGCCGUUUGGCCAGGUUCAUCACCAUUCUGAUGUGCUGCCCAUCCUUCCUCCCUCCCUUUCCUGUCCCCUGAGCCCCCCCCCCCAGCCAGGCCAGAUGCGAAGAUUCUAUUAAUCAUUGAUUCAGAGAACAUUAAGUCUUUUCUGGAAUAAUUAGCUACUAAAUUGCUUGUUAUAUGACUGUACCUUUUAGACAACAUCUCAACAGUACAGUGAAGUAGCUCUCCUGGACUUGAGCUUCCAGCCAGGCAUUUAGUUCAAACUCUUAAGCCUUUGUGGAAUUCCUUAGGGAAAAAAGCAAGAUGCCUCAGUGCCAAUGCUGGGCCUUAAGACUGUACUCCCCUCUCUGUCGGGCGGGGCUAGUGGCUCAGCUUUGGGAAAUCAUUUUGUCAGUAAGAUUGCCUGUGAAUCCCUUUGAGAAGUCAUGCUGAUCUGAGCCUGUCUUCUGAGCACUUUCGUGCUGAAUUGAAAAUGGUAAGCUAAAGCAGUGACUGAUCCACAUAGCCUCUUUAACCUCUGUAUUGUCUUGCCGAAAAAAACCUUCCCAGGUUAAUAAACUUUGGUCUUUAACCUCCCUUUGUUGUGGAGAAAAUGUGUCACUAAUUAAUGGUCCAAAGGAUAUCUAGUUAUGUUUACUCAGUCCAGCAGCAGAACAGAUAGGACUUAUGCCAGGGAAGUUAGAGGCUGAUUAUGAAGACACCCAGGAGCAGGAAUAAGGAGGAUAGGUCUGCUCCACACAGAACCUCCCCAGAUCUGAAGGUAAGUCUUGGAGAGCUUCCAAAAUGCUGAAGUAAAAAGGAGACUUGAAGGGCCUUAGCUUGGUGAGCAAGAGGCUUGUGUCCUCCCAAGAACAUGAAGGAGUUCAGAAGGGAACAAGAGGCACCUAAGCUGGAGCUCACAGACGGACUGACCUGCCCGCUCACCCUGUGUGACUGAGCAUUUUCGCUCUGAAUUUUCCAAGGGGUCUCUCCCUUCAAAAAUCCAGUUUACUACCAGAAUUUUGUUUAGCCUCUGAGAAUCUCACCCCCUCACUUCCAUCUGUGAACGGACAUGGAUGUGUUGCUCAGGGAACAGAAACAUCAGCGUCCAGGGCCCAGUGGCAUGGCGUUAGGUUAGUAGUUAGAAAAGCAGUCGGCCAACCCGACUGUAAAAGAAAUCAGUGUGUAGUACAGCUUUGUAAAUGUCAGUCUGUUCUAUUAUUUUGUGAUCUGAAAACUGUCACACUGGUUGGUAAUCAAAGAAAAGGUUGGUGGUUAGAAUAAGUAAAAUUUCAGUUAGAAAAACAGCUUACCAGUUUUCCAUGUGCGUUAUUAAGGAAGUCAGGAGUAUUUCAGGCCGUUGGGAACUGUUGUAAAUGGACCUGAAGCAAGUGUUCCUCGCCCUCUUAGGUGUAUGAGAGAGAGGAGUGGAAGGCCAGCAGUAGCGCGUCUGCUUACUUUUGCCAACCCAGCCUCCAUUUCAAAGACUUUGUCUUCUAUCCUAUCCAAUGACAUGGUCAGGGAUUGGCUCUGAGGAGGCAGUGAGGCCCUGCCUUGGUUUGCUCAGCUGUGGUGUGUAGUCUCCAAAGAGCUUAAGGGUUUUUAAGGAGUUUUCUCACAUGAGCACCUUCACUUCACUCAUCUGCCAUCAUCAGCAGGAAGGUUAACAUCCCUGGGACCAUUUCAGUUUUAAAAGUGAUAAACCGUUACAGGUGUACCAUCCAGAUACAGUCUCCUCUUGGCCAGGUUCAACAGGUGUUUCCAGGGAACCCUGUGGGUUAAGAGGCAAAGUAGCCGAGAUGUGUUGUUUUUCCAGAAGACAAAAGUAUUUCUUGUCCCUUUUCCCUCAUGCUCAUAUGUUUUAGCUGAGGCUUAAAUAGCCAAGUUGAGUAAUGUCUCUGGAACUGAGACAGAGCCAAGGGCCCAUGUACCCAGGGACCAGUCCCCUGAGGAAUCACACAGUGGCUCAGACCAGACUGCCCGAUCCCACCAGAACUCUGCUGCUAUUCCUUUCCACCAGGACCACCCAGGAAAGCAAGUAAGUUAGCUUCUCAUCACUAGGUCACCUGAUCCUUGUAGGCUGCAGGAUGAGAGCAUAUAUGGAUCUCCUGUUUAGACAGUUUGUUCAUAAUGGUAGAAAGGGGUAGAAAACGGAACAAACAAGAGACCAAGUCAUUUUUGAAGAGGAUGGCAAGUAUGACCCCAAAUGAGCUCAACAAAACUGGGAAUCCAAAGAACGGUGCUUAUAGGGAAAGAGGUCAGUUGUGGUCCUGAAACCUCUUGGCAUCUGGUGUGGGUUUUGAAACAAGGAGCUGGGGUAAAAUUGCCCUAACCCCAAUCCAAACGUGUUCCAGGAUUUAGGAGCUACCCAGCCCGUGGGUAAAUGGUCUUGGUUUCCGUUUUUGGUUUGUUUGCGUUUUUCCAAAACAACCUUGCUUGGUACUGCAUGGAAAGUGAAGCUUUUCUUCCAGCCUGCUCGGGACCACCUGUCUGGGCUGGCCUCUUCCCCGCGUCUUCACAGCAUUUCUAAGGAAGAUUUUUGCAGUGCUCUCUGGAGCUGCGGGGAGUGGAAUUUGGUCCAGAGAAGGCGGAAGAAAAUAGUUUUCCUCCUUUUCUCAAGGCGGAUGUUCUCAGGCUUCCUUCACACCUCCUUCCCAUGGGUGCGGCUGGCAGUACAGUCAGGUUGUGGAGGAGGGCUGAGAAGAAAGGGGUACCAGUCCAGCCCCAGGAUUGGUCCGAGUCAGGUACACAGCAGAUACCAUCCCACCUUCCUCUCUUAAGAGCAGGCCAGCCACACAUAAAACCUUUCCCUGCUUUACUAAUGUGUCCCUUAUGUGGUACCAGCAUCGGGGGCCAGGCAGACUUACCCCUGCAAUCUAGAGAGAAUGUUGUUACUACCCAUAAAACUGACCACCCCCACAUCCCACUCCUUUUUGUAAAAACAAAUGCUUAAACCUGUGACCCUGCCGUUCCUUUCUAUGUGUUAAUGAAUUUCCUUCCAUUUGAGCUGUGUGGGAGGGAAGGGCAUUGAAACUGUAGGUUGUAAUCUUGUGCCAACCAAUAAAAAACAAGUAUUUCACACACA